AUGGCCCCUCGCGUUUCCUCCAAGACCUACAAGGUCCCCCGUCGCCCCUUCGAGUCGGCCCGUCUUGAUUCCGAACUCAAGACUGUCGGCGAGUUCGGCCUGCGCAACAAGCGCGAGGUGUGGCGUGUCCAGCUCACCCUCUCCAAGAUCCGUCGUGCUGCUCGUGAGCUCCUUACUCUCGAUGAGAAGGACCCCAAGCGUCUCUUCGAAGGAAAUGCCCUCAUUCGCCGUCUUGUCCGCAUCGGUGUGCUCGAUGAGUCCCGCAUGAAGCUCGAUUACGUCCUUGCCCUCAAGGCUGACGAUUUCCUCGAGCGCCGUCUCCAGACCUGCGUCUACAAGCUCGGUCUCGCCAAGUCCAUCCACCACGCCCGUGUCCUGAUCAAGCAGCGUCACAUCCGCGUCGGAAAGCAGAUCGUCAACGUUCCCUCGUUCAUGGUUCGCCUCGACUCCCAGAAGCACAUUGACUUCUCUCUCACUUCGCCCUUCGGUGGUGGCCGUCCCGGCCGUGUUCGCCGCAAGAAGGCCGCUGCCGCCGCUGGUGGUGAUGACGCCGAGGAGGAAGAGGAGGAAUAG